AUGGAGACAAACUCGAGCAGAAACCCGGGUCGCCGUCGUCCGAGCCAUCGGGAUCUUCGCGCUUCGGGUUUUUGGGAUCCUCGACGUCGCCUAACAACGGCAUACACCCCUCCAAGGACCUUGCCUUUCUUUCCUCGCCGACCUAUUCCGCCGGAGACGCUAAAAGAACCGAGUCGCAAACGGUUUUUCUCUCCUUCUUUAUGGCGGUUGGAAACGUUUGUGGGAUACGCCGCAGAACCUCCACAAGAUGUUCCCGUUCGCAAUGACCAAAGCUUGCAUAUCUACUGCGCGAAUCUCAAGUCGUGUUUCUUCUUGUCCAUCACACUCCUCAUUAUCGUCACCGUCUCGUCUCUCUGGUACGUUAAAGACAACAAUUGGUCUCCGGCGGUAAACUCCGGCGACGAGAAGACAUCGAGUGUUCCGUUCUUUGGAGAAAUCCUUGGAGCUUUUAAAGUCAUGCAACGUCCCAUGUGGAUGCUACUUAUUGUCACGACGGCCCUAAACUGGAUCGCAUGGUUCCCGUUUCUUUUGUUUGAUACUGACUGGAUGGGUCGUGAAGUGUACGGUGGAGUCAGUAGGAACGAUAGAAUGUUGAAACUAUACAACAGAGGAGUACACGCUGGUGCAUUGGGAUUGAUGCUUCAAUCGAUAGUUCUUUUGUUUAUGUCACUUGGUGUUGAGUGGAUUGGUCGGAAAGUGGAGGAGCUAAACGGCUUUGGGGUUGUCAACUUUAUCCUUGCCAUAGGCUUGGCCAUGACGGUUCUAAUUUCGAAACAGGCGGAGGGUCACCGGAAAACUGCCGGUGAUUUUGCCGGACCGUCGUCUGGAGUGAGAGCUGGAGCGUUGAGUCUCUUUGCUGUUCUUGGUAUUCCAUUAGCUAUUACUUUCAGUAUUCCAUUUGCACUAGCCUCCAUAUUUUCAAAUAGCUCCGGCGCCGGCCAAGGACUUUCGAUAGGAGUUUUAAAUUUGGCAAUUGUGACACAAAUGAUAGUAUCACUUGGAGGAGGAUAUUUUGACACCCUCUUCGGUGGUGGAAACCUACCGGUAUUUGUGGUCGGAGCAAUCGCAGCGGCCAUUAGUGGAGUAUUAGCGUUAACCGUUUUACCUUCACCGCCACCAGAUGCACCUGCCUUGAAGUCGGGAGCCAUGGGCUUCCAUUAGUGUACUCUAUGUUUAAUUUUCUUGUGAAACUCAUCAAUACAGUACUGUUGUGCAAAUAUGCAAACCUUUAUAACCAAAAAGAAUGUUUAAAGUGAUAAAUCUAAUAACCUUGGGUUAUCUAUCUCACCCUUUCUUUUAGUUUUUAUUGUUUUUGUUACCGAUUAUCUAUUUGAAAUAUAUUUUUUUUUGCCGUCAAAAA